AUGUUUUGGAGUCUUGUGGUGAAGCCAAACGAAAAGACAGAGUUCAAGACGGGUGAUAUCCUCCACAUUACAAACGCUAUGUUGGUCACAAAGACAAAAACCGAGUUGAAACAACGCAGUCAAUUGUCAAUACUGUGCAACCAAACGAAAACUUUAAUUGUUUCGUUCAUCCCGGGGCAUCGUGACCACACACAACUCGACCUCGUCAUCGCAAAGCAAAACGUCGUCUUCUUGAACACGGGAAUCCACUCAAUCCAUCUUUCUGGAUACAUCACAAAGAUCUCACAAGAAGAAAACGCGAUGGAGGAGGACGACGAGGAACUCCCCGCACUCGGGAGCGAUAACGAGGACGACGAGGAACUGAAAAAGAAAGAAAAGGAUUCAAAGGCAAUUAAAAAACCGAAAGAGAAGAAGCCAAAGGUUUGUUGA